AUGGAGAUGAAAAAGAGGAUUACCGAAGAGCUGCGCGGGAAGAAGCCAUCAGAGGUGGCGGAGCUGCUCUUGGACAGCUGUGUGUGUGCAGAUGGAGAGCUGGAUGGUCUGACCGACGACUUCUCGAGCCUCGAGGUCCUGAGCGUCUGCAACACAGGCCUCAAGAGUCUGAGCCGCCUCCCCAGUCUGCCCAAGCUCAAGAGGCUGGAGCUCAGUGAUAACUCUCUGGUCUCGGGGUUGGACGUUCUCUCGGUGAAGUGUCCGUCUCUGAGCUACUUAAACCUGAGCGGGAACAGCAUCAAGGACAUGAGCGCCCUCCAGGGACUGCAGAAGCUUCCUGGUCUUCAGUCUCUGGACCUGGAUGAGGAUGAGGAGGAUGAAGAGUCCUGGAGAGAGAAGGUCUUUGAGCUUCUGCCACAAAUCCUGUUUCUGAACGGCUUCGACCAGGACCACAACCAGGCACCUGAUGAUGAUGACGAUGAUGAGGCUGGUCCCCAUGGCGACGAUGACGACGAUGAUGAAGAGGAUGAAGAUGAGGACGAAGGCUCAGAGGACGAGGAGGUGGGACUAUCCUAUCUGAUGAAAGAGGGCAUCCAGGAUGAAGAGGACGAUGGAGACUACGUGGAGGAAGAGGACGAGGAAGAUGGAGAGGGCGGAGUCAAGGGGGAGAAGAGGAAGAGGGACGCGGACGAAGAUGACGACGAUGAAGACGAGUGA